GUUCAAUUCAAGCGACGUUGACAUGAAUGCUGCGCUUGCUCGUGUCGAAUCGGAGAUCCUUCAUAUAAGGGACAGGAUGAUGAAAUGGCGCGACUGGAACACGCUGAAGAACUUCGUGAAGCAGAAGGAGAUCAAGGAGGAGAUCGAUGAUUCUAACGCAGCGCUGAGUGCGUGUGCAGAAAGCCUUUUCCUCACCUCACAUCUUCAAAUGCAUCAGAUGCAGAGCGAUUUCACGGCGGUGCACGCUAUCGACCGGAUGGAAUUGUUCGCGGCGUUGAACCGGUUAGAAGCACAAGGGGAGGAAACCAACAAUCAAGUGUUUGUAAUCAUGAAUUCUGUCCAGCAGGAGAUUCUUCCUUCGUUGUCGAGGGGCGAUCUGCGACUGACGGAGAUAUUGAGGCUCUUGUUCGACCUACAGACGAAGUACGAGCAGCUGCUGCCUAACAUGAAUCUUAACCACGGUGAAGUGGUCCGCCUGCAGGACGGUAGCCAGGCUCAGCGGUUCACGACCCCGGUCAAGGGCAGCGCAAACAUGGAUGUGUACGAGGGGAGGUACCUCGACAACUGCAAGGUUGCGCUCAAGACGAUCCGGUCGUUCCUCACGGGCCCGAAGAGCCUGCAGCGCUUCCAACGCGAGGUGGGUCUAUGGCAAAAGGUUUGGAGCGUCGACAAGGGGAGGCACAUACUGCCUGUUUAUGGGUAUUCGGAAGGACAAGGGCAUCCAUUUGUCGUCAGUCCUUGGCAAGAGAACGGGACAGUCAUGGACUAUACGAGAAAGUACGACAACCAGGUCGAUUUCCGGACCAUGAUCAAGGAAAUAGCAGAGGGGAUCGCUGUUCUUCAUGGCAUGACACCUCCAGUUGCUCACGGAGACAUAAAGGAUAACAUCUUGAUCUCCCUCUCCGGACACCCGCUUCUCUCCGAUUUCGGCCUAGCGAAGGUCAUUGAGGACGUCACCGGCGCGCCAAUCACCAGUACGGGCAGCUCCAACAGCGCGAGGAUGAUUAGGUGGUUCGCUCCGGAGCUUUUUGAGGGUGAUUCGACGCUUAACCUCAGCGCGGACAUUUACGCAUUCGGAAUGACUGUGCUUGAGAUUUUCACCGGCUCGAACCCCUACAGCACCAUCAAGCGCGACACGGAGGUGAUCAUCAAGAAGCACCACGGUAUGAAGCCGGUUCGACCUACAGACGACAAGACAGUCAGCCGCGGGUUGGAUGAUAACCUGUGGGAGCUCCUGCUUUGGUGUUGGGAAUCUCCACCUGCGAAACGGCCGACGAUCUCGCAAGUGCUCGAGCGCCUCUGAAAGGUACGAGCGGCGACGUUUCAUGCGCUCAUAACCGUGAAAAAGGUUUCUGCUGCCGCUGCCGACAUGGCAGAAGGGAAUAUAACCCGUUUCAGUGACACAUUGACUCGAGCAUGCUGUCGUCGUGUUUUGACUGCGUCUAGUAUAAUACAUGUCGGAAGUCGUACACUGCUAUGUGAUCGUCCAAUUAAACGAGUAAUGUCCAGCCAGUAUGCAUAGUUCCGGCGUAGCCGGAAUCUGUCUACAACGCCGUCUCCGUCAGGAAUGACGUUGCAAGCCGGCGGAUGCUGCGGACUCGCGUCGAUGUCUGCGCUCUUCAUGCCUCCUUCUCUUUCUUCUGAUAGAGCUGGUAUGUCACGAUGGCUCCGGCGACGGAGAACCCGACGAUCAGCACGGGGAGUGCGUAGUCCUUCACCCCUUGCUUGAUUUGCCUCCAGAGCAUGUAACCCUCGAUAGCCGUCUCCGGGUUUAUGGGCAGCUUCGCGGCGAUGGCGGCUGCCUUCUCGCCCAUCUCAGCCUCGUCCUGUAUCUUCUGCUUCUG